AUGGCGAAGCAGAGAAAGAGUUUGCCUGUCCCCAGACUGUCGUCAGGCUCGACAAGUUCGUCUUCAGCAGCAUCAAACAUCGAAGUCGGUGGUAGCGCGCGUGAAGGCUCGCUCUCAUCGGCUGCUCUCGCUCUGAUGUCUACGCCCCCUACCAGCGUCUCCGAUCACGUUGGAUCAGCAGUCGAUAAGGAAGAGACGACUACGACAGAAUCAGCAGAUCUGACGCGUAGAUCAUCGUCACGUCGCAAGUCUGGUCCUGCGUCCUACAACCUCGGUAUUCUGUCUGGCGUACGCCGUACUUCCGCCGGCCGUGAGAUGGCCAGCAAAGAGUCUGUCCGCAACUUCUCUGGAGACACGCUCGUCGAAGAUGCUCCUGGACCAUCAUCCAACACGCCCAACCGCCAAUUGCUGAACGACGGUGUCAAGGCUCUGAACAUGGACUGGGAGAUGGACAACCUACCUGGUGACAACGCUUCCGAUCUGCCCGACAGGAAGAAGCGUCGACACAGAUCUUCCAUGGACAUGCUGAUCGAGACGACUGGCCGUGCCCUUGGCAGAGUGAAGAGCGUGCUCGGUAAACGUGAGCGAGAAACAAGCGAAACCGACAAGACAGAACGCAGACAAAGUCGCCGUCUGCUGGCCAUUGAGGCCCCCAAGGAUACAAAAGAGGAGGUACAACAAGAUGAUAGUGUCGUGGAGCCACGGGAGCGUGUCGAGAGGCCCAGCAAACUUGCUCGUCUCUCAUCGAGCUUCAGCAUCACCAUGCCGCAAGUCUUCUCCACCAAGCCCAAGAAGCCGACAAAGCGCUACGAGACCCAAGGGCUAUACGCUGGCCAGACUCUCACAAGCUACGAUGAUCAAUCUAUUCCCAAGCCUUCGCGGAAGCCUACUGGCAAAGCUCGUCCUCUAUCAACCUCCUUCCUCCCCGACGCAACCCAGCCUCAAAAGCGUAACAGCCUUGUCGCCUUGCCCAUGUUUUCUUAUCUCGAGAGAGAACGACCUUUCACCAUUCCUUACGACGUCUUUGCUCCUGUUCACCACCAACGUGGCGAGGAAAAGCCGAAGGACUGGGGCAAGGUUCACAAGAACCGUCUAGUCGGUGACGCUAUCCACUACUGGAAGAAGCCCUACUUUGAAAGAUCUCUGUGCAUUUGCACACCGCCAGUCCCUGGCUCUUCAGAGCCCGGAUGCGGUGAACACUGCCUCAACCGUGCCAUGGACUAUGAAUGCGACUCGAACAACUGUGGUCUUGGAGACCUAUGCACCAACCGUGACUUCGCAGGACUCGCAGUUCGUAUGGAGCGCGCAAACAAGGCUGACAAAAAGUCGGCAUAUUACCUCUUCAAUGCUGGAGUUGAGGUCAUCAAGACUCCGGACCGAGGCUUCGGUGUGCGCGCUUGUAGAUCGUACGAGCCAAACGAGAUCAUUACUGAGUACACUGGCGAGAUCAUUACUCCCAACGAGGCUGGCAGAAGGAUUAGAGAAGACUACAAGGAUAAGGCCGACUAUUAUCAGAUGGAGUUCGAUCAAGGUAUGAUUCUUGAUGCUACGAAGGGCUCUAUCGCUCGUUUCGUCAACCAUUCUUGUGAGCCCAACUGCAAGAUGCUCAAACGUUUUGUCGGAGGUCAACCACGUAUGGCGCUUUUCGCAGGUGAUCGUGGCAUCCUGACUGGCGAGGAAUUGACCUACGACUACAACUUUGAUCCUUACUCUGUUAAGAACGUUCAGGAGUGCCGUUGUGGUGCGACUAACUGCCGUGGUGUCUUGGGCCCCAGACCGAAGGAUGCCAACAAGCCCGUGACUAAGAAGGAGAAGGAAGGAAUGGCUGCUGGCAUGAAGCGCAAAGUCGGUGAAUUCUUCGGUGCCACUCCUGCAGUCGAAGUCGACAAGGACCUCUUCAAGAAGCGCAAAGUUCCUCAGAUGUCCAAGGGCUGGGUUUACGUCGAUGAGACUAUGGAAAAGGCCAGAAUUGAGGAAGCUCGCAAAGACAAGGAGAUUGCACGCCUUCAGAAGGAGGGCAUUCUCCCUGCAGAUCUCGAAGUCAAGAAGACGACGACAACCACCACCAUGACCAAAGACAAGAAUGGAGCCAGGCGCUUCGUUCAGAAAGUGACCACCAGGAUGACUGGUCACAAGCCCAAGGCCACGCCGGAAAAGAAACCACAAAAGCUCGGAAGGCUCUCAUCCAUCAAGAAGAAGGACAGAGGGACUCCACGAGCAGAUGAUGCAGGGGUCAUUGGCUCGCGAGUGACCAAGCCGGCUCGUCGUAGCAUGGACAACAAGAGCAUUCCCAAGGGCUCGAUGAAGGUCAGACCAGUGACCAAAGACGCGGUUAAGAUGGCUCGCACCAUGAGAGCAGUCAAGUCGGACGAUUAA